AUGUCCCCCGUCGCGCUGCUCCUGCUGCCCGCCCUCUUCGGCUCCGCCGCGGGCCACGCCAUGAUGACCGUGCCGCCCGGGCGCCAGUUCGUCCACGGCGUGUCCAUCGACCCCAAGGUGCCCGGCGACGACGGCUACUCGACGCUCCUUGCGAGCCCGCGCGCCGCGGCGGCCUGGACCGACUCCGCGUCGCUCAACGCGGGCAUCGGCGGCGGCGCCGGGGGCAAGGCCGUCGCGAAGGCGCGCGGCCACGGCCUCUGCGGCGACGACGGCGGCCGCGCGCUCUUCUCGUCGCCGGGCUCGGCCUACGGCGCGGCCGCGCCGACGGCCACCUGGACCGAGGGCGCCACCGUCGACAUCGAGGUUGUGGUGACGGCGCACCACCUCGGCUGGUUCGAGUUCCGCCUCUGCGCCGAGGACCCCGCUGCGUCGGAGCUCACGCAGGCGUGCCUCAACGAGCACGUGCUCAAGUUCGACGCGGCCCACGCCCGCGCGCUCUACGACGAGGAACACUUUGCCCAGGGCGUCAUCAUCCCCGUCGGCGCGCCCGAGCGCGCGGACGCGACGGACUACCUCGGCGACGCGACGAAGUACCGCAACGCGCUCGCCGAGCUGGACGCGGCCGGCGCGUCGUUCGCCGGCGUCGUCGACGGGACCUGCUGCACCAACGGCGGGUCCUGCUCGCCGGAGGACGCGAACGAGGACCGCUUCAUGGUGCCCGACUUUGGCCGCGAGGAGACGUACGCGUUGCGCUACGUCCUGCCGGCGGGCGUGACCUGCGACCACUGCACGCUCCAGUUCACCUACGUGACGGGCAACUCGGUCGACAACUACCCCGAGGCGUUCUGGAAUUGCGCGGACGUCGCCAUCGUCGCCGACGGCGCGCCGACGGCCGCGCCCCAGGCCGUCGUCGCGCCGGCGCCCACGGACUCUGCUUCCGAGCCGCCGACCGGCGACCCGCGGAGCCGCUGCUGCUGGUGGACGGUCGACGACCCCCUGGGCGACCAGUGCGCGUCGUGCGACUCCGCGCUCGAGGCGUCGUGCGCCGCGUCCCGGAGCAAGUGCGAGGGCGAGUGCGGCGGCACGUACUGCCCCUACGACGCGUCGUGGACGCCCGCGCCGUCCGCCGCCGCCGCGUCCGCGGGCUGCCGCUGCGGGGCGAUCUCGGCGCUCGACAGCGACGCGUGGUGCGAGGGCGUCGCCUGCGACGCGGCCUACGCGGACUUUUGCGCGCUCUGCUGCCCGGACUCGGACCCGGCCCCCGCGCCGACGGCGUCCGGCGAGCCGGGAUGCGUCGACAGCACGUCGUGGUACUACAAGAAGAGCAAGAACACGUGCGAGAAGUACGUGAAAGCCGAGGACGCCUGUCUCAGCACGUGCGGUGAUUGCUACGACGCGCCCGUCCCGGCGCCGACCGCGGCCGAGUGCGCCGAUAGCACGUCCUGGUACUGGAAGAAAAGCAAGAACACGUGCGAAGGCUACGUCACGAAGAAGGCGAAGAAUUGCAAGAAGGCGGACGACGACGGUGUCGAGGCGACCCGCGCCUGCUUGAUGACGUGCAACCAAUGCGACGUCGAGGACGCGCCGGCGCCCGCGCCGACGGCGUCGCAGUGCGCCGACAGCACGUCCUGGUACUACAAGAAGGCCAAGAACUCCUGCGAGCGCUGCGCGGCGCGCUACGUCACGAAGAAGAGCAAGAAUUGCAAGAAGAAGGACGAGUUCAAAGCGGACGCCGGCGUGAAAGCCGACGACGCCUGCUUGCGAACCUGCGGCGGCUGCGACGGGGACGCGCUCGCGCCGACGGCGAAACCCGUCGCCGCGCCCGCGCCGGACCCGACGGCCGCGGAUGUCCCCGCGCCGGCCCCGACGGCUGGCCCACCCACGGCCGCCUCCACCUUCGCGCGCCACGGAUACGUCGAGAACUGGAACGCGUGGGACACGUCCGCGUACGACGGCCUCACGGCGCUGCUCUACAGCUUCAUCACGCUCGACUCGGCGCCGAACUCGGACGCGCCGCGCGAGGUCGUCUGGGACGGCGACGCGCUCUACGACACGAUGACGCUCGCGGACGUCCUGGAGGUGAUGACGGAGACGGACCCGACCUGGGACAACGAGCACGACUGGCAGCGCGUCAAGAUCGUCGCGCUGCAGGACUACGCCGCGGCGAACUCGAAGCGCUUCCUCUGGGCCUUCGGCGGCUGGAGCGACCUCACGAAGACGAUCGAGGACGACCAGGUCGACGCCGUCGUCGAGGACCUCGUCGCGCUCCUCGCGCUCGGCGGCGCCGACGGCGUCGACUUCGACUGGGAGCACCUGAGCCAGUACCGCGACUCGGACCCGGACCUCCACGCGCAGCAGCGCGUCGUCGUCGGGAAGGUGAUCGUCGCGCUCAAGGCCGCGCUCGUCGAGGCGGGCAUGGAGGACAUGUGGAUCUGCUACACGCCGCGCUACAACGCGUUCUUCCCGACGACCGGCUCGGCCUACGGCCAGAACAACAUCAUGACCGACGGCGAGGGCAUCGACAUCUUCGACUACGUCGUGGCGAACUCGGCGUACGGCGUCGACGCCGUCGACUACGUCCACCUCAUGAUGUACGACCUCGACGCGACGACGGCCUUCGCGGACGCCACGGAAUCCUACUUCGUCCAGGCCCACUACGACGCCGUCGUCCAGUCGCACGUCGACUACGGCAUCCCGCUCGAGAAGAUCGUCAUGGGCUUCGAGCCCGGGCCCCAGGCCUACACGGGCGUCUGGGGGGGGCUCGACCACGACAAGGCCACGAUCGACGCGCUCCACGCGGCGGGCGUGGGCGGCGUCAUGUUCUGGGCCAUGAACGACCCGAAGACCGCCGACGGCGCCAACGGCAACGGCGAGACCCUGCUGUCCGUCGGGGCGGCGCAGAAGACGCGCGUCCGACGCAUCGCCGGCUUCCUCGGCGGCGGCGAGCUCGACGCCGCCCUCGCCUCGCUCCUGGCCCUGCGGUCCACCGUGAGCUCCCUGGCUCGGGACAAGCGCGGCCUCGCGGCGCUCGGCGCCUGGCAGACCUUCUAUUUGCACACGGAGGACGCGCUGCGCGAGACCUGCCCGGCGCUCCACGCCAAGGUCGUCGCCGCGGCGGCGGCCGGCUGGGACGGCGCGGCGCCCGCGGGCGCGGGCCUCGCGGUGCGGAACGCGGAGCUCCACGAGGUCGCCGCGGGCGGCGCGCUGCCGGACCCGGACCACUACGACAGCGGGAGCUACGCGACCAUCGACGUCAUGCUGAGCGCGCCCGGCGUCGACUUCGAGGGCGGCCACUUCGAGACGCUCGAGGCCGACGGGUCCUUCGACCGGCCGGUCUUCGACCGCGGCGACGCGCUCGUCUUCUGCAGCCACAAGAAGCACUGCGUGCGGCCCGUGACCAAGGGCACGCGGCGCGUGCUCGUGCUCGAGGUCUGGUUCGGCCCCCACCGCACGUGCGGCCACCGCUGCGAGCGCAGGGAAGGCCGCUGCGGCUUCGCGCGCCACGCGCUCGCCCUCGCGGGCUGCCUCCGCCUCGGCCGCGACGACGCCGCCGCCGACGGCGACGAGUACAAGCGCGCCGUCGCCGAGCUCGAGCGGCGCGUCGCCGCCGCCGCGCCCGCCGAGGCCGCGCGGGCGCCGAGGAAGAAGAAGAAGAAGGCGAAGGCGCUCCCGGCGACGUGGCACGGCCACGCCAUGCCCAUGCUCUGGUUCGCGCUCGACGCCGUCGACGCGCACGACGCCCCGGCGACGGUCACGGGCGCGAACGGCGCGCUCGUCCGCGCGGCGCGGAACCUCGACUCCGAGAGCCUCGUCGCGCUGCCCAAGGGCGCGCGCUGCGAGGUCGCGGCGCUCGGCUGGGCCUGGGACGGCGCCGCGGCCAUCGCGCGGCGCGCGCGGGUGACGGCGCCCGUGGCGGGCUGGACGUCCGCGCGGCUGCUCGACAUCGCCGCGCCGCGGCGGCCGCGGGACGUCGACCCCGGGAGGCGGCUGGGCCUCCUCGACGUCGUCGAGGCGACCCGCGUCGACCCGGCGUCUGCGCGCUCCGGGCCCCUCGGCGACGGCGGCGUCGACGCGCUCCUCGCCGUCGGCGCGCUCGCCGACAGUUUCGUCGCGGAGCUCCGCGCGCUCGCGGACGCGACGCUGGGGCCCGCGGGCGGCGCCGCGCGGGUCGCCGCGCCGGCCGCCGCGCGCGCCGCGCUCUUCGCGAGCCUGGCGCCCCAGCUGCCGCCGGCCAUCGACGGCGUCGGCGCGCUCCGCGGGCUCGACGACGCGUGGCUCCUCGAGAAGGCGCGCCGCGCGGACCGCGGGCCCCGGGCGGCGCCGGGCCACCUCCACGUCGUCCUCUUCCUCUCGGACGCGCCCGACGGCGGCGGCCUCGCCUUCCUCCGGCCCGCGCCGAGCGGCCUCCCCAACGAGGUCCUCGAGACGACCGUGCUCCCGCGGCCCGGCGCGGCGCUCGCCUUCCCGGGCGACGACCACCCCAUGGCGCCCAUCACGGAGACGCCGGCAAACGCGGAGACCUUCGCCUACGCCGCGCGCCUGCGCCAUGGCGAGAUGCGGCGCUGCCCCUUGAUCGCGCUGGCGGUCGCCCGCUUCCACGGCGGCGCCUUGAUCGCGCUGGUCCUCGCGCCGGCGGUCGCCCGCUUCCACGGCUGCCCCUUGGUCGCGCUGGUCCUCGCGCCAGCGGUCGCCCGCUUCCAGGGCGGCGAGGUGGACAGCGGCGCCGUCGAGCCCUGGGUCCGCGACCUCGCGGAGCUCUGCCCGCCCGGCGCCGACGCGCCCUGCGAGUUCCGCGAGCGGCCCGGCUGCCGCGACGGCCUGCGCGGGCGCUACGGGCUGCCGGAGCGCGCCUUCGCGGACCGGGCGCUGCCCAUCGCGACGCCCGAGAACGCGCGCCUCUUUCCGCCGCGCUUCGACGCGCGGGGGCGGCUGGAGCGCUUCGCCGUCGUCAACGCGACGCUCCUCCGCUACCGGCUCAUCCGGAAGAGCGGUAGCCGGCUCAUGCUCGACUUUGUGAGCGCGCUCGCGGCCGCGGAGCGCGCGGCCGGCCGCGACGCGGCGGCCGCGCGCCGCGCGACGCGCGUCGUCGACUUCACCUUCGUCGCCGAGCCGUUCUCGCGGCUGCUGUCCGGGUACCACGAGAUCGACGGCGCUCGCUGCCCGUCGUCGGCGCGCGGGCCCGGCUGGCACUGCGGCCGGGCCUACAAGCUCGAGGCGCCGGGCAGCCGCGCGCGCUUCGAGGCCUUCGUGCGCGAGGUCUUGCCCGAGGACUUCGACCCGGCGCGCCUCGACGACGCGAUCAGCUACCACGUGGCGUCGCAGGCCUCCGCGGUGUCGCCCUACCGCCGGUUCGACUUCGUCGGCCGCCUCGAGACGCUCCGCGCGAGCGUCCUCUCGCUGCUGUCCCUCGCCGUCGACGACCCGGAGCGCUACGCGUCGCGGCUCGCGGGCCUGCUCGUGCAGAAGCACGCGCGGCCGCGGGGCGCGAACGGCACGGCGCCGCAGGCGUCGCGCGCGGACGCGGGCUGCCUCUCGAACGAGACGCGGCGCCUCAUCCUCGCGCGCCUCGGCCAGGACUACCGCUGCUUCGGCUACGACGCCGCCUACCUCGAGGGGGGCGUCAUCACGCACAAUCCGGUCACGGUGGCGGGCGGCUGCUUUGGCACGCACGCGGCGGACGGCGCGGGCGCGAGACGUCUGGCCCGGAUGCUCCAAAGUUCGAACGCGACCGUCGUGUCGUGGACGCGUCGGAACAGCCUGCGCGUCGUCCUGGCCGACAUGUGCGCGUCCAACACCGGCGACAACAGCGGGUCCGCGAGCGCCUGCUACCCCUGGCGGACGGCGGACUACUCGCCCGAAUACGUGGCGUCGCGGACGGCGAUCGAAUACGGGAAGCGACAGAAGAUCGUCUCCAUCGCGGCCGACGCGGGCGGCGUCGCCGACUUCGACUUUGAGACGUUCGCCGCGCACGCGGCCGCGACGCUGAUGGCGCUCUUGGGCCACGUCCUCGGGCCCAAAGCCGCGGCCGCGGCCGUCGCCGCGAAGCCGCCGACGCAGAUGAGCGACUCGUCGGCGCCCGUCGAGGCCGCGUUCGACAGGCCCGAGCUCGUCCUGAGCGCGCUGAAGCGCGCCUGCCUCGACUGGACGUUCUUCGGCGGCUCCUGGGAGAACGCGCGCGAACCCCGCGCGCCCUGCCCUGCCAGUUUAUCUUCGGCGCGUUCGGCCACGUCGGCCGCGGCGGCCGCCGCUAGACCUCUCUAG